CCAAACGCGCGCGCGCACACGUGAACGCGCCUUCAUGCAUGCGAACAGGAAGCAGCGCGAGCCCGUGAAUAUACUGACGCGCUGGGGAACGGAUCAUUACGGGGUUUUUUACGGAUCUUUUUUUCAUCGCUUUGAAGGGAUCCGCAGUGAAACAAAGCAAGAUACCGGAAUAAUUGUAUCCAUUAGGACAAGAGCCAGCCACUUUCCCGUGUCGUUUCUUUUUUGAAGACCUCCUUUUUGGUGAUCGGUUGUUUUAAAAAGAAGGGCGUGUGGUUUCCCGGAGGGGGAACUGGUGCAUGUUGAAUAUUGUACGUUAUAUCUGACGGUUCGGAUCAUCGUGAGGAUGGGCUGCACGUUAAGCACGGAGGAUAAAGCGGCGGUGGAGAGGAGUAAAAUGAUCGACAGAAAUCUGAGAGAUGACGGAGAGAAAGCGGCCAGAGAGGUCAAACUCCUCCUGCUCGGUGCUGGGGAGUCUGGCAAGAGUACAAUAGUCAAACAAAUGAAAAUUAUUCAUGAAGCUGGCUACUCGGAGGAAGAGUGCAAACAGUACAAAGCUGUCGUCUACAGCAACACUAUUCAGUCAAUUAUUGCCAUCAUACGUGCCAUGGGGCGACUCAAGAUUGACUUUGGGGAUGCGGCACGAGCGGAUGAUGCAAGACAGUUGUUUGUGUUGGCGGGCAGUGCUGAGGAAGGCUUUAUGACAGCAGAGCUUGCUGGUGUGAUCAAGCGUCUGUGGAAAGAUGGAGGAGUGCAGGCCUGUUUCAGCCGAUCCAGAGAGUACCAGCUAAACGACUCUGCAGCAUAUUACCUGAAUGAUUUGGACAGAAUAUCGCAGGCCACUUAUAUACCCACCCAACAGGAUGUUCUGAGGACCAGAGUCAAAACAACAGGCAUCGUAGAGACACACUUCACUUUCAAAGAUCUGCACUUCAAGAUGUUUGAUGUGGGUGGUCAAAGGUCAGAGAGAAAGAAAUGGAUCCACUGUUUUGAAGGGGUGACUGCCAUCAUCUUCUGUGUGGCGCUGAGUGAUUAUGACCUGGUGCUAGCUGAAGAUGAGGAGAUGAACCGAAUGCAUGAGAGCAUGAAGCUGUUCGACAGCAUUUGCAAUAACAAGUGGUUCACAGACACCUCUAUCAUCCUGUUCCUGAAUAAGAAGGAUCUGUUUGAGGAGAAGAUCAAGAAAAGUCCGCUCACCAUCUGUUACCCUGAAUACGCAGGGUCAAAUACCUACGAGGAGGCAGCUGCCUACAUUCAGUGUCAGUUCGAGGACCUGAACAAGCGAAAAGACACCAAGGAGAUCUACACCCACUUCACCUGCGCCACCGACACCAAGAACGUGCAAUUCGUUUUUGACGCGGUGACCGACGUCAUCAUCAAGAACAACCUGAAGGACUGCGGACUGUUCUAGAAGCUGGCUUUUAUCUGGUCAGACUCAAGCCAGUUUUGAUGUGAAUUUUGUUUGGAGAAAGAUUGCAAGACUAAGUAUGGAGAAAAUUGGUCCUGGACCACUGCUGUACAUUACGCCAUUUUUGUCAGCUUUAUUUAUGGUUUUUGUCUUAUUUUUUAAAAAAAGUAGCAUUAAAAAAAUGUAUUGUGUCGAAUGUUCGUUCAGUCCUUGAUGUCGCGACCAUGUUUAAACCCCCCCACACACAAGUUUGUUACUUUUUAAAAGAGGGAUUUCUUUUUAUUUUGCUUUCUUGCAUCAGAGUUCCCUUUUACUUGUAAAGAUACGUUUAUUUUUUGUGGUAGUCACUAUGGGGGGAGAGGAAGAUUGUGUGACUCAAUCCAGUGUGUUGGUUCUCGUGCCUUCGCAUGUGUUACUUGGAGUCUUUGUCCAUUUGCUUGAGUUUGUCUGCUGAAUAUCUCUCGAACGUCAAAAAAAAUUCAGAGUUUCAUACUGGGUGUUACUAAUCUCCCUGAGAGCACAAAUCCUCAUAUGCAUAGAAUGUGAGUGUGUGUCUGUGUGUGUGAGAGAGAGAGAGUAUGUGUGUAUCUGUUUGUGUGUAUGUGUGUUUGUAUAUACACUACCGGUCAAAAGUUUUGAAACACUUACACAUUCUUUAUUAUAAUUUUUUUUUCUUCACAUUUUAGAAUAAUAGUAAAGUCAUCAAAACUACGGAAUAACAUAAAUGGAACUAUGGGAAUUAUGUUGUGACUAAAAAUAAAUCACAACUGUGUUAUAUUUUAGCAUCUUCAAAGUAGUCACCCUUUGCCUAGAAUUUGCAGACAUGUACUCUUGACAUUUUCUCAAGCAACUUCUUGAGGUAUCACCCUGGGAUGCUUUUUAAACAGUAUUGAAGGAGUUCCCAUCUAUGUUGGGCACUUCUAAGUGCCCAACAAAGUUUCAAAAAAGUUUUUUUUUAAUUAUUACAUUUUAGUUUUAUAAUGAAAUAAAUUAUUUUAUAUAUAAUUAUUAAUUAUAUUUUUGUCUACAAAACUAAUUUCAAACAUUUAAGCAUACGCCUUCAGAUCAAAAGAUUUUUAAGAUCAUGAGAAACAUUUCAGUCAAGUGUUUCAAAACUUUUGACCGGUAGUGUUUAGAUAUAAUAUAGGCCAGCGUACGGAAAGCUAAUGGUUAAUACAGUGAGCGGUGGUCCAAACCUCCCAAGUCUCCAUGGCAACAAGAAUCGAGCUACUUCAGAUGGAGAUGAGUCCUGUUCCGCUGUCAGACGCUGAGACAUUCCGCAUGCAGGACAUGGAAUCUGUCUGUCAGGCACCUGUCAUCAGACAUUUUGAAGGCUUACAGCUCAGAGAAUGACACAUCAUCGAGGAACGUCACUGAGUAGACAAAUGGACUGAAAAGGUUUUCAAGAUUUUGCAGUGAAACAAUAUUAAAUGUCAGCAAACAGACAUUUGAGGCAAGCGAUACGGUUGAAUGAUUAUGAAGAAAACUGCCACCUCUGUCUGUGCGUUCUCCAUAUUGGGGGAACAUUUGUACACCCAUUUCCCUUAUUUUGCUAAUAAAAAGCAUUUUCUUCCUGA